UCUCCGUUGUCCGACUGCUAGAAACCGUUUUCAUCUUUCGCUUUUGUGUGCGUUGUGUAUCCACAACAGUGAUUGCUUAAUUACAGAGACCGAGACGAUGGUUCUGGAGGUCCUUGUUGGUCGUCAUUGUUGCCUGCUCACAUACUUACUCCCCAACUAACCAACAGCCGAGCGUCAUUCAGGACACAGAACGUUUUCUCGCAGCUGAUCGUCAGAUACUAGCUAAUCGAUUCAUAUCCCUAUCUAUUUCUAUGCAACGUCGGUGCGCAAUGGUCGUGCAACAUGAGUUUCGGUGUACGUGUUGAUCUUGGCUUCGACGGGUGCAGUUGUUCUGUUAGUGAUCGAUGUAUUACUGUUAGUGCUCUUUAAUAUUGACAGUACGUCUCGUGAGACUGAAAAGGCGCCAUUCUCUAGGUGUGGAAUAUUAUAGCUAAAAUAUGUCCAAACACUAGAUCGAUAAAUGUCUGAGAGCUUGCUGAGUGUUCUUCGUUUUUGGGAUUGUGGUUCGAGUUUGUGAUUUCGGCUACCGCUGUUUUUUCUGGACAUCAUACAAAAACGAAGGAAAAGAUGGACAGCCGGGAAGGUCUACUGACAGAAAUGCUGCAUCGUUUUUCGGAAUUGCCUGCGGAAACUGUGCAAGCUCAUGUCAACUUGUAUCCACGUAAUCGAGAUGCACUUAUCUCCGAGUUGACGCGGGUUUUGUCAUUAAGUAGGGCCAGCCCUGGGUAUACAGACAGCAUCGAAGGAGGCGAAAUGCUUUAUUCCAAUUUCGAGGCCUCAAUGGGAGUUGAGGGAUCCGAACUGGGAAGCCUCCCUUUGCCUGAACCACCACCCUCACUGGUCAUCACGCCGCCAACAAGCCCUGAAAAGACUGUGGAUAAAUUCACAAACACUACAUCACAUGCUGGAAGUGGCAACAAUGGAGAUACGCUUUCCUACGUUCCCGCUCUUAGUAUUGCAAGAGGGGCGAGUGGUAUAAUAAAUGAUCUGGGCUAUGAAGAGUUUCUCCUGCAAAAUCAGCGGCAACGUCUAAAGGCUCUCGAAGAAGCAUACAAAAGAAACGAGACAUGCUUAGCCAACCUUCGCCGAGAAGUUCUCGCUAAGGAGCGGUUUCUCUUCGAAGAAACCCUUAUUACAAAUUUUGACAACAAUGUGAACAACAAUAAUGUCAACAUAACUAUUGACACCCUGUUGGAGUUAACGCAGGCCAAUCGGCAGUUGUCUGUUCAAAAUCACUGUCUCAUUACCGAGGUCGAUCUACAAACGGAUGGAUGUGCUCCACUUGGAGACGUCACUCGACACGCAUUUUAUGACCAAAUAUACCCAGGGCCGAGGGAUCCGCUCGUUGAAAUCGACUCUCGAACACCAUCGCGCAAUCCAACGGUAUCAAACACAAUAGUUAAUCCUCCGUCGGCUGGCAAUGGGACGAUGAAUGGGGACGAAGAAGAUGAUGACGUUAAUGACGCAGAUCGUUGGGUCUGUCAAGCGUGCACACUAAAGAAUCAUCCUGAGAUAAUUUUUUGUGAGGCGUGCUUUUCGCCAAAACCGGUUGCUCAGCCUGCGACGUCGUGCUCUUCAAAAAUCGGUGGCGGCAAUAAUCAACAGAAACCCGACUCCGCUUCGCCAUCGCGGUCGACAGAUGAUGUCAAUUCAUCGGUGCCCACAGUCAACAAUACUAUGAAUGUAACUGGCAGUAACCACAGCAAUAAUAGCAAUAGUAAGUAUGCACGAAUUGUGAAGGAAGCAUCGUCAAGUUCAGAUUCGUCUUUGUCUCUAUCCGACAGUAGCAGUAGCAGUGGGGUUCAUGAUGUCAAUGUCCAGGUCCAGGUCACAGGCAUCGAAGAUCGAACUGCAACUCGCUCUCCGAUUUGCUUGAGGAUCCGUCAAAGGACGCCGAAAGAUUCAAUCACAUUCCGAUUUUACAAAAAUAUCAACCGAGGUUCGUCAAAUGAAGUCUCCCCGCGUGCGGUUUAUCCAGUGCCAUGCUUAAUACAGAACGAACCUUUGAAAAUACCUCCUUUAUUGCCUUUAUACAGACAUGCGUGUAGACCUCAUGUCCUUAGUGUGACAUUUGAUAUGGCAAAGACUAACGGAAAAAAUAAUAUGUCUAUAUAUGGUUUGUAUGAUAUCAAUAAUUACAAAAACAUCAGCAUGAAAUGACCUCUAUACAUGUAUAUAUAGAAUAAUACAAGUGCCAGAAGAUACAAGACAAACAGUUCUACAUUCAACUCUUGCGUGGCUAUGAGGCCGACUGCGCGCACCUUAUGAUUCGAUGAGGUUGUGAAGUGCACGUAGUAGUAUUCAGAGAAACUUAAGAGCACAAUGUGCUUAGUCAUGCCCAGACUAACAAGCUGUUUCCACACUCUUUAACAAAUAACCCACUGGUUUCUAACCGCAAAAAAUUAUAAAUGUUAUUUGUCCUUUAUUAUUUUCAGAUUGACAUGCAAGAAUUCCUACCCCAAAGAUUUCGAAGCUUGACCAAGAAGCGAGCAUGCUCCGCAAUGAAAAGUAAACUAAAAAAUGCAAUAAUUUUGUGCGAGAAAGAAAGAAAACAAGCGUAAUGUUAGCUAAUAAUUCAGAUUGCGGCAGCCUAUACACCACGCUCUACAAAUGCGUCUCUAAUCUAAUGCGACAUUUAUUACAGAAGUGAAACCCAAGUAUAAAGGAUCAAAAAGGAAUACGUGAAUAACAGCAAUACAAUGUAGACACAGUGAACAUAUGAGUAUAGCAACACAAUAGCACAAACAUUAGCUGAAAAUAUGUUUACUAAAGUAAUAACAUGUACAUAUAUUUAUAAUAUAAAAUCUACAAGUGUAUAGGGCGAUUACAUUACCUUUAGCGUCCAUAUGAACUGACUAAGAAAAAAUCAAUUGUACAUAUAGAAUACGAAAAAAAAUAGAAAAAAAUACAUUACCGUAUUUAUCUGUAUGCGCAAUUAUUUAUAGGCAGAAACAGGAAAUGCGUUCUUUUCUAGAGAUUGUGAUUUAUUCUUAUCAGUUAUCACCUGUUUACUUUUAAGACGCUGGAGGAUUGGAGUGGCUUAAAACGAAUUUGCUGGCCGUGAGCAUCUGUGGAUAAAUUAGUGUGAUCUUCUUUUGUUUUAUAUAUAAUUUAAUACAUUAAAUUCUCGUUUGAAUUAUUGUUAUCCUCUAGUAUACUGAAGUCCAAGCCACAGUAUGGCAUAAAAAAAUCACUAACCCACGCUUUCAUCCAGCCAGUUUUUGUCAAGCACAAUGUAUGUGUCGGUGCAUGUAUAUACACGCAGACUUCCUACUACAUAACCCUUAUCUAUUUUCAUCCUGUUUCAUGCCGCACACAGUAGUUUCAACAAAGUGUACCCAACAUUUCUAUUCUAUUUAUUUAUUUACAGAACAAAAAUAUACGUUAAAUACUAAUACUAAUCUCUUCCUCACCUUCUGUCAGCAUAACAUUACAUUCGCUCAGGUAUGUCACUUCGCGCCCUAUAUGUCGUGGAUGGAGCGCUCACUCGGCAAGACAUUGUCUAACUAACCUAUACUUACAAGGCAAAUUAAGGCGGGCGUAUUCUUUCUACGUAUUUGUAACGCCUGCAUUAGGUUUGUUUGUGCUCUUGGCUUUGUUUUGAGUCAGUGUAUUGUAGACCCUUGUCUAUAGAAUUGCUUCUAUUAGCCACCAAAUAGUUAAUAUUGGUGCUAUAAUCUUCUUCACUAUUUAAUCAUAAACCGUGUUACAACGGUAAACUAUAUAGGAGCGUAAUUAUUCUGUAAAAGAGUACCAUUUUAUCAUAUUUUAGGUAUCGGUUGUUUUCUUCUUUUUAUAGAGUCUUGAAUUUCCUCUUGUCGUUGUUUAGUGGCUCACUUUAAGUCUCUAUGAGUGACCCGUCGUCUCCCCUGAUAUUUUGAAUAUACAACAUAGGAAUACCUGUGUUGGUUUCCCUCACGACCAAGUAACAAGUUCUAGGUCGGAUAGAUGGCCACUCAUGAAUGCGCCCGCCUUAAACAGUAUCUAACAAGGCUGGCGAAAUUUUGCGGAAUUAGUUUUUUAAAGAUUCACAUCAACCAUUCUUAUUUACUUUCACAU